ACUAGACCGGAAGCGUUUGCAACAAGCUGGCCGUUUGCACUUCUGUUUAAAAGCAGAAGUAAAUAUUAUUUGACUUCAGGACUUCGGUGACAACAUGUCUAAUGGUGUGGCGAGAGUGAGCGAUCCAGCGAUUACUGGUCGUGAUUUACGGGAGCGUGAACGCAUGUAUCAGUGCAGAAACACAGCCAGAUGUAGUAAUCAGAACGAUAUCAGAGCAAGAGCACGGCCUCCCGGUACCUCUAUCAUAGAGUCAAAGCCUCAGACUGAAGCUGCACCAGAGGCCCUGCUGGUGGACGACUGUGAAAGGCUGGGUACUCUGUUUGGCAUGUUAAAUAAGUGUCUAAGAGGCAUUGGCUUUACACAGCUCUACUUUGGGGAGAAGAUUGUAGAGCCUGUGGUUGUUCUUUUCUUCUGGCUGCUUCUUUGGUUCCUCGGCAUCCAGGCCCUAGGUCUUGUUGGAACUCUCUGCAUUGUAAUUAUUUACAUUCAGAAGUAACAGCUUAAGGAGGGCAGGGAUCUUGAAGGAUGAGCUGAUAAGUGCCAGUCCUAAAGCAAAAAUAGAGACGGACGUACAGAGCAAAGUUAUUUCUGUUUUGCCCUGAUUUACUACUGAUCAGCAAAUUGAUUGUGAUUUUAGUGUUUGUCUUUUUCUCGCAUUAAAUGACUGAAUACCGUGCCUUGCAAAAGUAUUUAAUCCUCAGAUGUGAUGCAGUUGUGCUGGUUGAAUAUUCGUAAGUUUCAGGAAAGGUAUAUGUGGCAUUUUCUAAUGCAGGGUGGUGGGGGAAGGUGUUAACAUGAUUUUACCUAGCACUGUAACUGUUUUGAGGUGGAACUGACGGGUAUGUAAUUAUAGAAAGCAUGUUUUAAUUGUUAUCUAUGCACUAAUUAAGGUGCUUUUAACAUGCAUGCUUUGCUUAAGUACAAGUUUGUAUUGACUGUUGAUUAAAGACAUAUUUAUAACCAGCAUGGAUGUUAAAUGAAAUGCACUUUAGGAGAAAUUCAAAGCUAUAAUCAUAAUCGCUGAAGAUGAAUUAGUCAUUGUAGAGCUUUUGUCAUACCAAAUGAAUAAUCCCAAGUUUCAGUCAUCCUGUCACGUGUGAACAAACCUUCAAUAACAAAUGUAGUGACUAAUUCAAAACAAACAUAUAAACCAAUGCGGCAAUACGUCAGGACCACUCGCCUAAUAUGCUGCCAAAACAGCUCUGACUAGACCAUACAUGGACUACACAAGACAUAUAAAGAAGUCCUGUGUUGUCUGGUAGCAGGGCAAGUAGCAGGUUCUUCAAACUCUGUUAUGUUGCGAGGUAGAUCGUCAUGCAGUACCUCCUGGUGUCAUAUCCAUCACACUGUGUAUAUAGCAUAUCACCCAACCCUACUACAUAGUUUGAUGUAUUCAUUUUAUUAGUUAUUCCUGUAUUCUUCACCUAACAGCACUAGAGGGCAACCUCUUUCUGCUCCUUAUCUCCUUACCAAAUAAUCAAGAAUGGAUGAAUACUUGAAUAAAUCAUUCUUAACAUUUUUAUCAGCUGACUUAAACUUGUACCAGUUUCUCUUAUUUAGUAUAAUAAUUAGUAUUAUGGAACUGGAUUAUGGAAUAUUAGCAUGGAACUGUUAAGUGGACUUUUAAUGUUUAAAUCAAUUAGACAUCAUGUUAUUAUGGCAUCUUAGUGCAUGUGACUACUGCAUGAGUACUAACACUAAUGGAUGUUUAAUUGUGUACACACCUACAAUGACUAGUGAAUGACUGAAAAUGCAUUGGUUAUUGUUCUCAAAGGAGAUUGAGGAACAUUGCAAGAAGCAUUUGUGUCCCUAUCAACUGCAUUUAUCAUUAAUCUCAUUGUGCUUUACUGAGAAACAUUUUGUUCCAGCAAAUGUGUAUUUAUUGUGUGUGUUGAUUGCAUAAAUGUAUGAUUUUUAAUAUAAAUCUGUGCAAACCUAAGAAUUAUUCUAAUUAUACAACGUAACCAUAUUACUGACAUUUUAAACCCAUAAUGCUGGUGUUAAAACAUAGAAAAUGAAAAGUCUUAAAGAUAUGUCCUUAAUAAUUCAGGGGAUUGACUGAAAAUGUUAAAUCUUAUAGUUUUCAUUAUGAUUACAGUGUAAUUGCAUAUACAGCAUCUGUUCAAGAGCAUAUACAGUUGAGUGCAAUAAAAUUGCAUAGCCUUAAAAGCAAACCUUAAUAAUAAUAAUAAUAAAGAUUUUUACUGGAAGGCAUGUGUGUAUUAUGGUAGACCUGUGUAUGUUAUGUUCCGUCAUUAUCAUUAUUAUUAUUCUAUUCUCUUUAUCCUGGUCAGAGUCGCAGUGGGUCCGAUUACACCAGGAAACUCUGAAUGCACAGCAGCAAUGCCCUAGCCAUGAUGUUAAAACAUUGCAGGGCUUCAGCCAGGCCCUUAGAUAUAGACAAUCAUGUAUGUGCUGAAAAGCACCGCUGAGAUUUAUACCCUGAUCUCAUCAGUGGUGGACUUCAUUUGAUAUAUUUGCUAAUCAUAAUUUCAUAACUGUUCCCAAAAGAACUGAUGUACAACAUAUGUUUGCAAUAUCCACUGAACGUGUCUGUUUUAAAUUUGUCAUCCUUAUUGGAAUCACAACUGAAUAUCAUGCAUUGCCUAGUUCAAAUCUGGUCUCAAGAUUUAAAGGGACAGAUUUUAAUGUUGUGGUCCAUACCACCAGCAAAAAGUUUGCCUUAAGAGUCUGUGUGGGUUUCUUUGGAUACUUUGCCCAAGAAAUAUGUAGAAGGUUGCAUCUCUAAUUUGCCACUAGGUGUGUUUGUUUGUUGGACUGUGAUGAACUUGUCCAGAAUGUAAUCCUGACUUGCAUUUAGUGACUCUGGGUAACACCCACCACCACCACCACCACGACGUAACUUAACCAAAAAUGUCUUGUUGUAUGAUAGUCUAAUUGCCUUUGUCAUACCAAUCUCAUGAAGAAUGCAAACUUUUCACUUGUCUGUAUAACUCACAAUAAAUUCUGGUAGUUGGAUUGGCUACCCACAUAUUU